AUGCUUUAAUUUCACAGGUCAUAGCAGGGCAAGAAAAGUAGAGAUGAAAGAGGGAUGAAAAUGUCCUACAUUUCUCUAUAGAGCUUUGCAUCUUCAUCUCUCUACCUCCAAGAAUGCUUCAUCCUUAGUGAGUCUUUAUCUUUCUCUCUGCGUUUUUAUAUUGCUAAUAUAUUCUAUUUUCAGUUUCUUCCUUCAUGUUUGCUUGAUUUUGAUUCUGUUUUCUCCAACUCGUUCUGUUUCCCCUACUUUGGUUUCGUAGAGCAAGAUGGGUUUCAGGUUUUCUCGCCUUUGGUGGUCUAUUGAGUACUGCCACUGAGCUGAAUCUCUCUCAAGUUCUUUACUUUGUGUUAUCAUUUCAUAGCUUACCAUAAUCUUGAUCCUCACAAAUUUUUGGGUUUCUGCAUUUUACCCUCGUAAUAUGUUUAAUUUACACUUACUGCCACUGAACACUGUAUAAGUGUGUAUCCCCUUAGUGCCAAUCUUGAACUGUGAUCCACAGAAGAAGAUGAGUUUCUGCUGUUGACUUCUCUAACAGCUAUCUCAAAAUUUGUCUCCUCCUCUCCUUUGAUUAUUAUUAUUUUUUUUUUUGUAUAAAAAUUUUUAAGCUUUGGUUUUGCUUGUUUGCCUGAGUCACAAAUGGAACUGAAAUCGGUUCCAACCAUACAACACUUUAAGUGUCUUAAAUUACAUUCUCUGCCACUAUUUGUUUUGGUACUUCUGUGUUCAUAUCAAUCUCAUUCCGUUGAUCUUAAUCCAGAAGACAAGGCCUCACUUGUACUAUUCGGGUCAUGGAUUCAAGACCCAAACCAUUACUUGGCGACCUGGAUUGGGUCUAACUGCACAAACUGGACUGGAAUUGCCUGCCAGAAUCAGACCGGCAAUGUCAUUUCCAUAAACUUGACUAACAUGAAUUUGUCAGGUCAUAUCCACCCUAAUUUGUGCAAAGUUGCGUCUCUUGAGUCCUUGGUUUUGUCAGAAAACAGCUUCACUGGCCAAAUCCCAUCAUGCUUAGGUUGGUUGCACAAUCUCAAAAGCCUUGAUCUUAGUCACAAUAUAUUUGUUGGUCUUAUUCCACAGACCCUUAUGAGGCUUAGGCAGCUAAGAGAACUUGUUUUGAAUGAGAACCAUGAUUUGGGAGGACUUCUUCCUGGUUGGGUUGGAAAUUUUUCAUUAAAUUUAGAAAAACUUGACAUGAGCUUCAAUUCGUUUCGAGGGGAAAUGCCUGAAAGCUUGUUUUAUUUGAGUUCUUUGAAGUAUUUGGAUCUUGGAAACAAUAAUUUAUCAGGUGAUCUUCAUGAAUUCUAUCAACCAUUAGUUUUUCUCAAUCUUGGGUCUAAUUCGUUUUCAGGUACUCUGCCUUGUUUUUCUGCUUCUGCUCAUUCCCUGAGUUUUUUGAAUUUAUCUAAUAAUUCUAUUGUGGGGGGCAUUCCGACAUGCAUUUCUUCUCUAAAAAAAUUGACACAUUUAAAUCUGUCAUUUAAUCACCUGGAAUAUGCAAUAUCUCCAAGACUUGUUUUUUCAGAGGAGCUUCUUGUGUUGGACUUGAGUUUCAAUGACUUAUCUGGUCCAUUUCCAAGCAAGAUUGCAGAGACUACAGAUAAAUCAGGGUUGGUUCUCCUUGACCUAUCUCACAAUCGCUUCUCAGGUGGUAUCCCAUUGAAGAUAACAGAGCUGAAAAGUCUGCAGGCAUUGUUUCUUUCUCACAAUUUUCUUAGUGGGGAAAUCCCAGCAAGGAUUGGAAAUUUGACUUAUCUUCAAGUGAUAGAUCUUUCUCACAACUCAUUGUCGGAACUUGAUGCUUUGGAUAGCUUGAAGAUAUUGGAUAUAAGUAACAACAAGAUUUCUGGUGAGAUCCCUCUGACUUUGGCAGGCUGUAAAUCACUCGAGAUAGUAGAUUUCAGUUCCAACAAUCUCUCUGGGAAUCUGAACGAUGCAAUAACUAAAUGGUCAAAUCUCAAGUAUCUCUCCCUGGCUCGGAACAAAUUCAGUGGAAGCCUACCUAGUUGGCUAUUCUCAUUUGAAGCAAUCCAAACGAUGAAUUUCUCUGGCAACAAAUUCUCUGGCUUCAUACCAGAUGGUAACUUCAACAUUAGCUUGAAUUUCAACAAUGGAGACAUUGUUCAAAGAUUAGCCAUGGAGCCUUUUGAUGUGAUGCGAAAUGUGGAGAUCAAAAUAUCAGUGUUGGUCAUUGGUGGCAAUGAAUUAAGCUUCAGCUACCAUCUAUCUUCAGCUGUUGGGAUUGAUUUGUCUGAUAAUUUAUUGCACGGGGAGAUUCCAGAUGGCCUAUUUGGACUGCAAGGUUUGGAGUACCUUAACUUAUCGUACAAUUUUCUCGAUGGUGAGGUUACAGAUUUGGAGAAGAUGUGUAGUUUGAGGGCAUUGGAUUUGUCACAUAAUUCUCUAUCAGGUCAUAUCCCAGGGAACAUCUCCAGCCUUAAAGAUCUUACACUCUUGAACUUAUCAUAUAACAGUUUUUCUGGAUUUGUUCCCAAGAAGGAGGGCUAUCGCAGGUUUCCAGGAGCAUUUGCUGGUAAUCCAGAUUUGUGCUUGGAGUCCUCUGGUGGAGACUGCGGCCCAGCAAGCCUUCCAGCAGUUCCUGGCAAGUCAUCUGAAGAAAUGGAAGGUCCGAUUUCUGUUUGGGUAUUCUGCCUAAGUGCUUUUGUUAGUUUCUAUCUUGGUGUUAUGGUUCUAUUUUGUUCCACUCGAGCAAGAAGUUACAUUCUGCAUGCAAAAGUUUAACAUAGCUUAUGCGAGUGCACAUUCCUAUGUCUGUUGCAGUAGCAUUAAUAGUACUAUUGUCUGAGUUAAGAUGGAGAAUCUUGCAACUUGUGACGCAAAGCUUGUUGUAUGGUGAAAUGUCUCCUUCUCAA